UGUGUUUUUUGUCGAAAAAAUGAUGACUGUCCUAAUAAAUAUGGAGAAAAGAAAUCUAAUGAGAAGUGGAAUCUCACUGUACAUUACUAUUGUUUGUUGAUGUCCAGUGGAAUUUGGCAAAGAGGUAAAGAAGAAGAAGGAGUGUAUGGUUUUCUAAUAGAAGAUAUCAGGAAGGAAGUGAAUAGAGCUUCUAAACUGAAAUGCUGUGUUUGCAAGAAAAAUAGGGCUUCAAUUGGAUGUGUUGCACCUCGAUGUAAACGAAGUUAUCAUUUUCCAUGUGGACUUCAGAGAGAAUGUAUUUUCCAAUUUACUGGCAGUUUUGAAUCAUUUUGUUGGGACCAUCGACCUGUUCAAAUAAUUCCACCUAAUAGUUAUAGAGAUUCCUUGCCAUGUACUAUUUGUUUGGAAUUCAUUGAGCCUAUUCCAACUUAUAAUAUAUUACGAAGUCCUUGUUGUAAGAAUGCCUGGUUUCACAGAGACUGUUUACAGGCUCAAGCAAUAAACGCAGGAAUGUUUUUCUUUCGGUGCACAGUAUGCAACAAUAGUGAUAUAUUUCAAGAGGAGAUGCUAAGAAUGGGAAUUUAUAUUCCUGAAAAAGAUGCAUCUUGGGAAUUAGAAGAAAAUGCUUAUCAAGAGCUUUUGCAGCAUUAUGAGCGUUGUGAUGUCCGACGAUGUCGUUGCAAAGAAGGACGAGAAUAUAGUGCACCUGAUAGCAAAUGGGAAAUAAAGCGCUGUCAGUGUUGUGGUUCUAGUGGAACCCAUUUAGCCUGUUCUUCACUACGAUCAUGGGAACAACACUGGGAGUGUUUGGAAUGUAGAAGUAUUAUCUAUAAUUCAGGAGAGUUCCAGAAAGCCAAAAAACAUGCUCUACCCAAAUCAAAUAGCAUGGGCAUAAGUGAUUGUUUAUUGGAAGAGUCAUCACCCAAACUUUUGAAACAAUCUCCAGGAGCCCAAAGAAAAGAGCUCCUGUGGCAAGGCACCAAAUUUAGAAGAGACAUUUCAACUAUUUUAAUAGAGUUAGGCUUUCAAAUUAAAAAGCAACCUAAAAAAUUCUAUAUCAACAAGGCCAAUGUAUGGAAUAGUGCCUUAGAUGGAUUCAAAAAUAAGAACUUUAAUCCUUCCUCUACAAUUGAAGUAGUAUAUGUAAAUGAGAAUGAUAAUUUUGGAAGAGAGCAUCCUGGAUCAAAGCAAGAAUUCCUAAGUCUCUUAAUGCAACAUCUUGAGAACUCAUCAUUGUUUGAAGGGUCCUUGUCAAAGAACUUAUCUCUUAACACUCAAGCUCUGAAAGACAAUCUUUACUAUGAAGCUGGCAAAAUGCUUGCCAUUUCCUUGGUUCAUGGUGGUCCUUCACCUGGUUUCUUUUCUAAAACCUUAUUUAACUGUCUUGCUUAUGGGCCAGAGAAUACCCAACCAAUUUUAGAUGAUGUUUCCGAUUUUGAUGUGGCACAAAUUAUAAUCAGGAUAAAAACUGCCAGUAAUAUGACUGAUUUAAACUCAGCAGUAAAUGAAUGCUAUAACUACCUAGAGCUUAUUGGUUGUCUACAACUUAUAACAACAUUAAAUGAUAAAUAUAAUUUGGUAAAUAACAUACUUUUCUACCAUGUCAUUAAGAGAGUCCAAGCACCCUUUGAAAGUUUUAAGCAGGGUCUGAAAACACUUGGUGUAUUGGAGAAAAUUCAAACUUACCCAGAAGCAUUUUGUAGCAUCCUCUGUCAUAAACCUGAGACUCUUUCUGCAAAAGUCCUUAGUGAUCUUUUUACAGUUCAUACAUUAUCUGAUGUACAAGCUUUAGGAUUUUGGAACACUUACUUACAGAGUAUUGAGGGUGGUAAAUCCUCAACAACAAUGGAAGACCUUCUUGUGUUUGCAACUGGCUGUAGUUCCAUUCCACCUAUUGGAUUUAAACCAAACCCUUCAAUUGAGUGCCUGCAUAUGGAUUUUCCUAUUGGAAAUAAGUGUAACAAUUGUUUGGCUCUUCCGAUAACCAGUACAUAUGAAGAAUUUCAAGAUAAUAUGGAUUUUGCAAUAAGAAAAACCUUAAGAUUACAAAAUGAUGAAAGUUCUGAUUACACUGGACUUUCAAAUACUUCUUUUCCCAGAGCAAUGCUUCCUUGAAAGCUGCUAUU